AUGGCGUACCAUCAGCGUCACCAGCGUCACCAUCAUCAGCGUCACCAGCGUGCUGCAUCACCAGCGUGCCAAUACCAGCAUCACCAUCAGCAGCGUCACCAUCACCAGCGCCAGCAUCAUACUAUCACUGCAAAAUCACCAUCACCAGCGUCACCAUCGGCAGCAGCACCGUCACCAGCGUCUGCGUCAGCAGCAGCAUAUACCAGCGUCACCAUCACCAGCGCCACCAUUACCAUCAUCAGUGAAGAUAGAUGCGCUUCCGUCAAGACAGCAAGACAGAGACAACCCCGCCAAGGCAGCAAGAGCGAGGCGUCCCCCGUCAAGGCAGCAAAACAGAGACGCCCCCGUCAAGGCAGCAAAACAGCUGUUUCCCGUCAAGGCAACAAGACAGAGUGUGUCGCCCCUCAAGGCAGCAUGACAGGCGGUCCCCCAAAGGCAGCAAGAAAGAGCGCCCCGGCAGCAGCAAGACAGAGGCGCUCCCGUCAAGGCAGCAGCAAAGAGGCGCUCCCGCCAAGGCAGCAAGACAGAGGCGCUCCCUGUCAAGGCAGCAAGACAGAGGCGCCCGUCAAGGCAGCAAGACAGAGGCGCCCCGUCAAGGCAGCAAGACAGGCGGCUGCCAAGGCAAGACAGAGGCGCCCCGCUCCACAGGGUGCUCCCGCCAAGGCAGCAAGACAGAGGCGCCCCGUCAAGGCAGCAAGACAGAGGCGCUCCCGUCAAGGCAGCAAGACAGAGGCGCUCCCGUCAAGGCAGCAAGACAGAGGCGCCCCGUCAAGGCAGCAGGACCCCUGA